AUGGCAGGAAAGAGAAAAAGAACCGCACAAAGCAGUGAAGGGAAAAGGAAAAAGAAAAAGAAAAAGACACAAGAAGCAGCAUCCAUGCCUGAGCUGUCAGAAAAUAAUGGAAUCAAGUGGAUGUCCUCUCUGGAAGCAAAAUUUGAAGAUGCAAAAGAGAAAAAACCUACUGCAGAAAAACUUGAACGUUUGAGAAGAGAAAAGAUAAACCGCUUCAGAAAUCAACACAAGAUCAAUGUCCAGGGAACGGAUCUUCCUGACCCAAUUGCCACCUUUGAUCAACUCCAAAAGGAAUACAACAUCCACCCCAGAAUCAUGGAGAACAUCCAAGCUGCUGGCUUCCGGGUCCCCACACCCAUCCAGAUGCAGGCUAUUCCUGUCAUGCUCCAUGGUCGGGAACUUCUGGCUUCAGCUCCUACUGGGUCUGGAAAAACCCUGGCAUUUUGUAUCCCUCUCUUGGCACAUCUGAAACAACCAAGGAACAAAGGAUUCCGAGCUCUCAUCAUAUCUCCUACCCGAGAACUUGCCAGCCAGACCCAUCGGGAGCUGGUGAAGCUGGCGGAGGGGACAGGCUUCCGGAUCCACAUGAUCCACAAGGCAGCUGAGGCAGCAAAGAAAUUUGGGCCCAAGUCAUCUAAGAAAUUUGAUAUAUUAGUUACUACUCCAAACAGACUCAUUUAUUUGCUGAAACAAGAUCCUCCUGCCAUAGACUUGACCAGUGUGGAGUGGCUGGUGGUGGAUGAGUCAGACAAACUGUUUGAAGAUGGGAAGUCAGGGUUCCGAGAGCAGCUGGCUUCCAUAUUCCUGGCAUGCACUUCCCACCUGGUGAGGAGAGCCCUGUUCAGUGCAACCUUUGCCCAUGAUGUAGAGGAGUGGUGUAAACUCAACCUGGACACUGUCAUUCUGGUAUCUGUUGGAGCAAGAAACUCUGCAGCAGAGACAGUGGAACAAGAGCUGCUGUUUGUUGGAUCUGAGACAGGAAAACUAACAGCAAUGAGGGAGCUCAUUAAAAAGGGUUUUGCUCCUCCAGUCCUGGUGUUUGUGCAGUCUAUUGAGAGAGCUAAAGAGCUUUUCCAUGAACUUAUUUAUGAAGGCAUCAAUGUGGAUGUCAUCCAUGCAGACAAAACUCAGCAACAGAGAGAUAAUGUAGUCCACAGUUUCAGAGCUGGGAAGAUCUGGGUGCUCAUCUGCUCAGCCCUUCUAGCUCGAGGGAUUGACUUCAAAGGUGUGAACAUGGUCAUCAAUUAUGAUUUGCCAACGAGUGCUGUGGAAUACAUCCACAGGAUAGGUCGUACUGGACGAGCUGGGCACACAGGAAAAGCAGUCACUUUCUUUACAGAAGAUGAUAAACCUUUAUUAAGGAGUAUAGCCAAUGUGAUCCAGCGAGCUGGCUGCCCUGUCCCAGACUACAUCAAACACUUGCCCAGGCUGCAGAGCAAACAAAAGAAGAAGUUCAUUAAGAAACCACUGAAAAGAGAAACCAUUUGUACCACCCCACAGUGCUUCUUAAAAAAAGCCAAAAGAAAAAUGAAAACUACAAAGGAAAAUAUUAAGGAAAAAAAGAAAGUUAAAGAAGAUAAAAAUGACAGUAAAAUGAAGACUGUUUCAAACAGCUGA